GAAGGGCAUAACGCAAAAAAAAACGUCGACGGCGUAGAUCGUAUAAGUGGUAGAGGAGGGCGGCCGCGGCUUGCGGCAUCGGCGGCGGUGCGCCUGUGCCACGGGUCGAUUGUUGGCGGCGGAGUACGACGAGCGCCUCCCUUCCACGUCCCCCGCCCGUACAUUGCUACACGCUAGAGUGUACGGCGUGCGCGGCGGUGACGGACGACGACGACGACGAUCGUGACGGAGGCGGCGGCGGCGGCAUGUUCGGUUGUGGUAGUGGCCGGCGGCGGUGAGGGCGCGGUGUUAGUCGGCGCGGCCGCCGUGUUCCUGUUUUGAUGACGCAGAAUUCCGUGCGCGCCGCCCGCACCCCACUCCGCCGUCAGACGUCAUUUGACGUGGCUGCUACGUAGCACUCGCUCGGGCCAGUCGGAUCGCAGGACCAAGCUCUCGUACGACGUAACAUUGUGACUGCUGGACGUAACGACGAUCCGAUCGUGUUAUGGACGGUAUGGUAGAAGAAAAUGGGACUGGCGGUUCAGUUGACGCCCUCGUCUCGCAGGGUACUGGCAGUCCUAUCGUUGUCACGUCGGUGCACUCAGUCAUCCAGGCGAACCAACAGUCAGUCAUCCAGACUGCAACGCAAGGCACCAUGCUCACCAAAGGCAAUGUUAUAUUGCUAAGCAAGCCGAAUUCAGUUAUACAAACCCCUCAAGGAAAUAUACAAACUCUUCAGGUUGUUGAAGCCGGUAGUGAUGAAAGCUUAUCGGCAAACGAGGAUAGCCCAAAAAGAGGACGCCACGAUGCUUUAACGAGAAGGCCGUCCUAUCGGAAGAUCUUGAAUGAUAUCGCAGGCGGAAAAGUUGAAUCAUCCGGUUCAGAUUGUGAUUCAAAUCUUGACAGUGAAUUAUCUUCAAAUUCAUUGUCUGCUCAUUACCAAACUGUUCCUCCAGCAAUUCAGUUAAGUAGCCAAGGUGAAAUGCAUAAUAUACCAACAUUAACAAUGUCAAAUACAACUUCCACUGGUGGUGGUACUAUAUUACAGUAUGCGAGUCAGGAUGGACAAUUUUUUGUACCUGUUGUUACCCAAGGAGGGAGUUCCACUUUAAAUACAAGUUCUUUGGUACCUGAAGACCAAGUUAAAAAACGUGAAAUGAGGCUAUUAAAAAAUAGAGAAGCAGCAAGAGAAUGUAGACGAAAAAAGAAAGAAUAUAUUAAAUGCUUGGAAAACCGAGUAUCUGUAUUAGAAAAUCAGAAUAAAGCACUAAUUGAAGAGUUAAAAGCGCUAAAAGAACUUUAUUGCCAAACAAAGACUGAAUAGAAAUAGUUUUUGAAUCUUCAAAUUUAAGAGAAAAAACAAAGUACCAGUCAUGACCAAAAUUGCAUGCUUAAAGUGAUAUUUUCAAAAAUCUUGUAAGCUCAUUUUAACUUAUAUAAUAUGUUUUAAUCUUUUGGUUAUGUUUGGAAUUACGUAAUUUUUAAAAAUGGUUUAUUUUUGUUAUAUCCAAGAAAUUAGUAAAAGGGUCAAUUGUGCAGUUAAAUGAGUGGCCAAUUCCGUGUAAACGAUUAUUUUAGUGCAUAAUUGUCUACUACAUGACAUCACAGUAAUUUUUUUUUUAAUAUUUUCAACGAAUUCAUGAGCUUUUGUAUUAUCUAAGCAGUGACAUAAUUUUAUAUUCUAGUGAAAUUUGAAACUAAAAAAAAAUAGAUUCUUUUCACAAUUAGUAUUGGCAAACUUUUUUUUAAGUGUCAAUCAAAAGAAUUUAUGCGGUAAUUAAUGGGGUUUGUUCUAAAUUUAAAUUAUUUUUUCCCUUAAAUUUACUUGUUAAAAUGUACUAUCCAGGUUUGGUUAUGAUAAAUGGAAUGGACUAUUUUUUUAAACAUACAAUUCUCAAAAUAUUAAGUUACCUGUAUCAUUGAUUGGAUAUAUGUAUAUUUAAUCAAUACCUGUAUGGUUAUUUCGAUUUAAGAUAAUAUAUAGAUAGGUUGGUUUAUUUUAUGUACUCAGAUAUAUUUACCAUUUUUUUAAGCAUUGAUAUUUGCCAUAAUUUUAUUUUAUAACCAUCAAUUUAUGAGUUUUACAGUUUGUUGAAAAAAAUGGUGUUAAUAAAUGAUAUUUUACAGGGGAAACAUAAUUAAUGUUUCAAAAAUAGAGAUUAAUUUUUUAUUAUUUAAAUAAUUAUAUUAAUUUAUAGAAUAAAAGUAAGGUUUUAUUAAUACUUAAAACAUUAUGCUGAAACAGCCUAAACAGUGAUAAUGUUUCACAGAAAUGAGACUAAAAUGUAUUGCUUACUUCCAAGUUAAUUGAAACUUUUUUUCAUAUAAUUAUAACUUGAAUAAUUCUAUAAAUUAGUUGAAAAUUAACCCCUGUUUGAUGUUAAUUUUGGAAUUGACUACCAUUUAUCAUUUAACAAAAGUUGAAGAACUCUUUUGUGUAUACAUAUUCUAUAUAAUAUAUCUCGGUAUAAUUGUUAAAACGGAACAAUAAAAUAUUUUGGUAGAAAUUAGAUAUUUUUAAUUUGUUUAGUGUAAAUAGUUAUUUUAGAUUUGUUUUAUUAUUAUUAUUUUUAAAUGUAAAUUGAGCAUAAACUUGUAAUUUUUUUAAUGUAAAUUUGUUGUCUAUUAGAAAAAGAUUAUUUAUGAAUAUAUUAUGAAUUUGUUAAAUAUUGUGUAUGGUGUAUAAUCGAUAAUCAUGUUUCAUGUAUAUAUUUAUAUAUAAUAUGAUAAUGAUAAAUAUUUUUAAUACUAUUUUGAUAAAAAAAAAAUCCGUUGAAAUUUAAAAUGGAUACAUUGUGUGUUUAACUGUUUAUAUAAAUGUAGACUAGAUGGUUGAACUUCUUUAAUCUGAACUCUGAAAAUAAACCAAAGAUAAAGAAGCUAUAACCAAUUUUUUUACCAAACAAAUUUUUGAUUAUUUUAAAUUUGUUAAAUAGAUGACUAAUUUAUAUUAUAAUUUAUUUUGUUUAUUUUGUUAUUUUUAGUUUGUUUAAAUCUUUGUUCAGAUAAAGGGUUAAUGUUGUUAUGGUA